CUCCUCGAAAAACUCCACUUCAUCAUCAAAGACCACCACCGCAACCACCCCAACCCCGAUCCCUCCGCCUCUCCACCGCCGAAUCUCACCAUCCCCGACCUCUCAUCUUCCUUCUCCUCCAUCUUCCCCCUUCCCCCUUCCCCUGCCCUCACCCACCACAUCAUCCGCCGCUUUUCCACCCUCCGCCACGGUAUCCCCUUCCCUCAAAUCCUAUCCUUCUUCAAUUGGUGGAUCUCCUUCUCCCCUUCUUCUCCCUCCAAGCCCUUCACCUCCAUGAUCGAUCUCGCUGGCAAGCUCCAUCACUUCGAUCUCGCAUGGCACUUCCUCGAUUCCAUGCAUGCACUCUCUAUCCCCAUCCCUCUCUCCGCUUUCUCCUCCCUCAUCCGCCGCUACUCCCGCGCCAACCGCCCCUCCGAAGCCAUCAAUGCCUUCCACCGCAUGCCGGACUAUGGCCUCGAGCCAGACCCCAUUUCCUUCUCCCUCCUUCUCGCUGCGCUCUCUCGCCAGCGCCUAGCCGUUCAGGCGCAAUCACUCUUCGACUCCUUCUCCAGCCGAUUCCCUCCUGACGUCGUUAUUUACUCUAACCUCGUCCACGCCUGGUGCCGUGCCGGGAGUCUCGAGAAAGCUGAGCAAGCGUUUGCCGCCAUGCGCAACGCCGGAAUUCAACCAAAUGUUUACACGUACACUACGGUCAUCGACGCUAUGUGCAGGGCUGGUCAGAUUCCUAGAGCUCAGGAAGUGCUGUGCCAGAUGCUCGACUCCGGCUGCACGCCAAAUGCUGCCACUUUUAACUGUUUUAUGCGAGCUCAUGUUCGAGCGGGGAGGUCAGAGCAAGCACUGCAAGUUCAUAACCAGAUGCGGCGGCUUGGUUGUGAGCCCGACGGCAUUACCUACAACUUUCUUAUUGAGGCGCAUUGCAGUAAAGGUCAGAAGAAUCUCGAUGCUGCUCUAAAGGUUCUGAAUUCGAUGAUUUUGAAGGGGAAGGAAUGCGCUCCUGAUGCAAACUCAUUUAAUCAUAUAUUAAAGUGUGUUUUAAUCUUGGGGGAUGUGAAAGCUGCGCAUAAGUUGUAUGAGAAAAUGCGGGAGAUAGAGUGCCAGCCGAGUACUGUUACGUAUAAUAUUUUAAUGCAGCUUUUUAGCAAGGAUAAGACUAUGGACAUGGUGCUGAAGAUGAAGAAGGAGAUGGAGAAGGAGGGGGUAGAGCCGAAUGUGAAUACUUAUGGGGUGUUGAUAACUGCAUUUUGUGAGAGGGGGAGUUGGAGGAGAUCUUAUCAGCUAAUGAGGGAAUUGUUAGAGGACAAGUGUUUGAAGCCGACAAAACAAGUGUAUGAGAAGGUGCAGGAGCUUUUGAGGAGAGCAGGGCAGCUAAGGAAACAUGAUGAGCUUGUAGAGAUCAUGGCAGAACGCGGUUUCAUAAGCCCCCCGCCGUUGGAUUGCUAGCUUGUUGCGGUAUAAGAUAUCUCUUCCCUCUUAUCAUAUUUUCUUACUUUUAGAUAAUUUUGUUGCUUCUUGUAAUCAAUAGAUAGAUAGAUUUCGUAUUAAGCUAUUGAAUUUUCUUCUAUGCUUUUCAGC